AUGACGGGGCCCCUGGGAACCCAGGCAUUUGGCGGAAGGUCCUGCGUUAUUUCGCGCAAAACUCCAAAGCUUGUCAUACCAGAGCGCAACGUGGCAAGAUCUCAGUCGCGCCAGCGGGUUGUCGUAUGCCGGGCUGUGCGAUUUCCAGCGGCGCUGCCUCUCCUGCCCUUCACGGCCAAGGAGGUACUUCCCCCCGGCAGCUGCAAAGUCCUCCGCCUGUACGACAACAGCGGCUACAUGCUGCUGCUUGAGGAGCUGCUCAGCUCACCGCACCAGAUGCUCGUACAUUCAUCAGUGGAACCAACGAACUCGACCUCGAGCGGCGCGAGCGCCACUAGCCGCCUGGGGGCAUACGAAGCGGGCGGCUUCGUGUUUUGCCUUUCCACGAUUGUGAAGGUGAUCGACGUGAAGCAAACGGAGUCCGGAGUGCUGCUCCGUGUGCAGGCGGAGGGCCGAGUGGCGGUUAAGUCGUUGGCGCAGACUCAGCCGUACUUCCGGGCCGUGGUAGUGCCCGUCACCGAUGCGGUGGACUUGGACAGAUUGCAGGACGUACAGAACCUGGCCGCCAAGUUCAAGGCCCCGGAGACGGCCAACUUGCAGCGCGCCAUGCACUGCCGUACGGCAGAAGGCCGCGACACCACCACCGCCGGGCCGCUGGGCUCAUGUGACGACUUCCAGCCCAGCAAGAUCUUGGCUGCUCAGGUAUUCCCAGAUACGGAAACGCUGUACACGGACUCCGAAACCAUUUCCUCGGGAUCUGAUUCCGAGUAUGAUGCGCAAUACGCCGCUGCCGCGGCAACGGGGGUGGAGCUGCCGCCGCCGCUGCCGCCGCCGCCAGUGCAGCUGCCUGUUGGCUCUGCCGGCGGUGGCCUGGCGGCAGCGGCGGUGCUCGGCGGCGGCUCCGGCAGCAUUCUGGGCGGCAGCGUCAUUCGUACACGACCCAGUCUACUGGAUUUGGAACGCGCUUGCCGUCUGUCGCUGGCAGCCAUCCAGGUGCUGCCCCAGGCGACCGAAGAGGAGCGAGAGGACAUCCGAAGUCAUCAGGCGGCCGCGAUGGAGACGCAGGACGUCCUGGAACGGCUGCAGCUGGCUCAACGCGUUAUGGGUGAGGCCCGGGGACUGCUCUCCGCCAAGUGCGCCCUCAUGGCGCUGUCUGCGGCGUCGUGA